CCCCAUCCCGGAAGUUAAAGACGUCUGGCCCGGCGGGGUUGUCAUAGAGACGGGAGUCGCGGCGGCGGGCGGUGAGGCGUCGCGGCCGAGAUGACGGUGCACAACCUGUACCUCUUCGACCGCAAUGGCGCCUGCUUGCACUACAGCGAGUGGAACCGGAAAAAGCAGGCCGGCAUUUCCAAAGAGGAGGAGUUCAAGCUGAUGUAUGGAAUGCUCUUCUCCAUCCGCUCCUUUGUUAGCAAAAUGAGCCCUCUGGAUAUGAAGGAUGGCUUCCUCUCCUUCCAGACCAGCAAGUACAAGCUGCACUACUACGAGACGCCCACCGGGCUCAAGGUGGUCAUGAACACGGACUUGGGAGUGGGCAACAUCCAGGACAUCCUGCACCAGAUCUACAGCCAUAUUUAUGUGGAGUAUGUGGUGAAAAACCCUCUCUGCGACUUAAACGAGACCAUCCAGAGUGAGCUCUUUCGCAACAAGCUGGACAGCUUUGUCCGUGCUCUGCCCUUCUUCUCGGCUCGUGCUGGAUAGUUCUAUUGUUCUAACAAACCCAAGGACUACGGUGAGCGUGAGCGGUCCGCAGGUAGCAAGCCACGUUAUUUCCCCUAAUACUUGUGCAUCUGGACCAGUUUGUAUGCCUUUCAACAGGAAUUGUCUCCAGCGGCUGUUUUCCUUCCGAAGGAUUGUUCUUCAGGUCCUUGGAUCUGGAUGUGGCCCCAUAGCCGGGUAUCACUCUGUUUAUAGUGGAAUAUAUUUUUCUGAUUUUUUUUUUAAUUGGAUCUCAUUUACUUCAAGAUGUUCUGACCAUGUUCCUCUUGUUAUGCACCAUCUUGGCUGGUUCAGGACUGUUCUUUUUGGUUUAUAGCUCUUCCUCUCUCUUCCUGUCCCCCACAAACAUUGUAGUGUUUGCUGAACCUGGGCAUGACAUACACCAGAGGCUGCUGGAACUUUGAGAGAGAGAUGCCUUUCUUUCCCAGGCACCUCGCCAAAAGAGGAGUUGAUGAUACAGUUCUUCCAUUGCUGGGAAGAAGAAAACACCAAAGGCUGAAAAGUGAUUCUUUUGCUUUUUUGCAGAGGGGGGGUGGGAGAUAAUGUUUUUCUCAUAUUCAUGAUUUAAGCAUCAGUGGUUCCAUUCCUUCUGUUUAAAAAUGAUUUGAUCUCUUACAGCUCUGGUCCUCUAGACUAGUUUUCUCAACCUCAGCAACUUUAAGGUGUGUGGACUUCAACUCCCAGAGCCAGAUGCUGGCUGGGGAAAUUCUGGGAGUUGAAGUCCACACAUCUUAAAAUUGCUGAGGUUGAGAAACACUGCUUAAGACAGCAUGUGAGUCCUAAAGGCUGGCUAACUGAACAUUCUUUGAACUGUUUCUGCAGUGGAUAAGGCCCCUCCGAUGCCUCCCUUUAGCCCAGCCCCACUAAGUGCUACCUGGGAAAGUGACAUUUCUGCCUGCUGAUUCUAGCAAACAGGCUGUGAAAAUGUACAGGUAAUCCUCGCUUAAUGACCCCAAUUGGGACUGGCAACUCUGUCACUAAGCAGAGCGGUCAUUAAGCAA